AUGCUGAAGAUGCUGGUCGCUGAGGGCUGGGCCAAAGCCUUCUCCACCUGCAUGUCUCACCUUGGCGUCAUCAAUCUCUUUGUCAUGACUGAAGUCCCGGAGCUGCAGCUGUUCCACGCCGCGCUGUUCCUCCUGAUCUACCUGACGGCCCUGGUGGAGAAUCUCCCAAUUGUCGCCAUCACCGUCCUCUACCAGAGCCUCCCCGCCCCCAUGUACGUCUUCCUCACGAAUCUGUCCGUUCUUGACCUCUGCUUCAUCUCCGUCACCCUCUCCAGGUCUAUUAUCGCCCUGACCAAUCAUAGAUCCAUGUCCCACCAGGGAUUUAUCACCCAGGUGUGCCUGGCGGUCGUUUCGGCCACUUUAGAGCUGAUCGUCCUCACAGCGAUGUCCUACAACCACUCCGUUGCCAUCUACCGCCCUCUGUGCUAUAAAGCUCAUGACCAACUGCGGCAGUGUCCAGUUCACCUGAUGCCCAAGGGCAUAUUGCACAACAUUCCCAACGUCUCCACGAUGACGAAAUUCAUCUUGCAGGGCUUCUCGGAGGUACGGGAGCUGCAGCACCUCUGUGUCCUCGACCUCUGCCUCAUCUCUGUCACCGUUCCCAAAUAUAUCACCAUAUCCAUGACCAAUAACAGCUCUAUCUCCUUCCUGGGCUGCAUGGCUCAGCUCUUACUAGUGAUCUUGUUUGCCACUUUGGAGUAUUUUGCCCUCAUGGUGAUGUCCUACAACAGCUACGCCGCCAUCUCUUGUCCCUGCACUACGACGUCAUCAUGGACAAGAGGCCUCUGA